GCCGGUACGAACACAGACAGAAAGAAGCCAGGUAGUGAGAGUUGUUUAUCUCACUAGAAAACUUUCUAGGUUGCUCUACUAUCUUUCCGGCACCGCCACUCGCGGUGGUCGCCGGCACUGGAGCCCUCCUGGCUCCGGUGGGCUGGUGGUCGUUUGGUUUCAUUACCAUUUUUUGGAAAAUUACCCACUUUGGUGGGAUGUUUUUGGUAUAUUUGGUACUUGGGUCUCAUGGUGAUUACGUGAAGGACUGUUCUCUGGUUGUGCAGAGGUCGUCGUACUUGGGUUUUCAGCGCCGGAUUUCGUUUUCGCCGAUUUACCAGACGAACGGUAACCACCGUGUUCAUCGCAUCAAACCUGCGCCAUCUACAACUACAACGAAGGCUGUCCGGCACUAGUAGCACCUUCGUCUUCGGACUGUGUGUCGGAAUGGUUGGGGAUGGUUGGACUGCACGGGGGACUGGAGGAUAGGGACGCCAGGACACGGAGCUUCGGAAUUCCAAGGUGGUGCAGGUCUCGCCGUAGAUCUCACGCUACAGUUCUCCGGCGAGUUUUUCAUUCUUCCACGGGUGGUAGUUGUUUUACUGUGGCGGCACAGGGUGAGGGCUUCCCGGGUGCAGGUUUGGAGUGCCUCUUCCAUCGCAGUUCUGGCCCUCGUCUGGCCAGGGCUUGGGUUUCUGAGAUGGCAGUCACCGGUGGCUAUUUUUGUUUGUCGCCGGAGUAUUCAUUUUGCUCCGGUGAAAGUGCUUUGGUUUUGGAACUCUAUGAGAGACGGGUAUCAUUAUUCUCAAAUGGGUUGGCUUCUUGUCUGGUCCGGAACUGAUACUUGAGGUUAGAUUUGCUCUGCCUAGUUCGUUGCUGGAGUUGGGUGAGUGUUGCCGGAGAAGAAGACCGGGGGGACUGGAGCGAUUACAGGGCCUCUUGUUUUGGAUUCUAUUGGUUUGUGGGUUUCAUGGAUACGUUUUUCUGUUGAAAGUGAGCAGGUUUUCGCCGGAGAAGACCACCAGACAUCUGGGGUUGGAACCGCCUAUCACUACUCUUUUCCGGCUAUUGUCCUGCCGCCUUUUAACGCCUUCCAUCAACGCCGUCGGGGGUCGCCGGGGCCUAAUGGGGGUGGGAGGUAGGAGGAAGGACCUCGGUUUGGCAGACUGUUACGUUCCGGUUGGUUCUUUGAACUCCGUUCUCCAGCCACCAGACUGCAAGGUGGUCGCCGGUGCCAGGUGGGGUGGUCGGGAGAGGGGGUUGGUUUGAGUGAUGGAUGAUUGGCCAGGCUGUCAUUGUGACUCCUGCUUUGAUUACUGUGCAAAUUCGCAUUUUAAUUUUGCUGGCUGCGGCGCUGGAAUGAAAUGUUUGAUGGGCUACUAAUUGGGCUCUGACCUGGCACGGAAACCCGAACAGGCAACUGGUUGCUGGGCUUCUUUGACUUUUUUGAUGUAUGUUUUGGAUAUUUUUGGACUGUUUUGGAUAUCUUUGAGUUUUUGAUGUUUGUUCAGAAUUGUGCCUCUUAAAAUCUCCUCUUCCCUCUGCCUAGGGAUGGCAACGGGGUGGGUUUGGGGCGAGGGUUCGCUCCCCUAUCCCCGCCCCAUGUCUAAAAAGUUUUCCUCAUCCCCACCCCAUCCCCGUUACUCCCAGACCCGCCUCAUCCCCGCCCCGUCCUGGUGUACCCCACGGGUGCCCCCAUAUAGAUUUUAUUCACUCCUUCCGUCCUAUUUAAAGGUUCCCACG